AUGGUUACCAUUUUGGUUAAAGACAUUACAAUUGUCAAUGUCUAUAAUCAACCGAAACCAUCCAAGAAAUACCCUGAGCCACCGGUUUUUGAGUUUCUCAAACGGGAGAUCAAGGAACAAUACUCAAAGAUUGUCAUUGCAGGUGAUUAUAACUUACAUCACAAGGAAUGGGAGUCAAGGGCAGAUUGGGAAAAGUUUGACAAGGAGCUUUCUUCUGCCAUUAAAGAUUUUAAUGUGCAUAACAAAACUCUAAAAUCAACUGACCAAAUUGAUGACCAAGCUAAAGUUCUUGAGGAGGUUGUAAAAAGAGCAAUGGCAAAAAAAGAAGAUGGAACUCUCACUACUACUGUUGACGAAAAAAGACAUGAAAUAUGGAAGGCACUUCUACCUGAAAUUGAUCAUGGUCUUGAUAGAGAGUUUGAAAUUGAUGACGAUUCUCGAUGGCCAAAAUUAGAGUUUGAUGAAGUUGACUCUGCAUUGGCUGAUACCCCAAAUGAUAAAGCUCCAGGAGACGAUGGAAUUACUGGCAAAGUUUUAAAGAUGGCAUGGCUGAAUAAAGACUUUAAGGAAAGCCAAGAGCAUACCGACCAAUUUCCUUACUUAAGAUUCCAUCUAAAGUACUGGAAAAAAUUAUACAAAAAGAAUGACCAAGCUUACAACACACUUACUUCCACCAGAGCAAUAUGGGGAAGACAAGGUUAUUGUGCUACUGAUGCUGUUUUGGAACUUGUCCAAAGAAUUAAAUAUAUUGGCACACACAAUGGAGGAUAUGAAACUACCCAAAGCACUUAUAAACUGGACGUACCAAUUUAUGAGAAAGUGCAACUUACUUUACCUAAUGGAGAACUUCGUGAACCCCAGAAGGAAGUUAAAUUGCUUGGAAUUACUUUGAACAAUCUGCUUGAUUUUAAAUCUCAUAUUUUGAAUAAAAUCAAUAAAGCAAGAAAAGCUGUUGGUGCUAUUUGGCAUCUUGGUGGCGUGCAAAAGAAUAUGGCUUUAAGAAGAAUUGUUGGUGCUUAUCGCACAACUCCUAUUGCGGUACUACAAAAGGAAGCUGGUAUUAUGCCAUAUAGUAUUAGGCUAAAAUUUAUGGUGGCACGAAAAGCUAUUCGUUUACACCUAAAUAUUAGCAAAACUAAUCCUAUUAAUGGUCAUUUGUUAACAUUGAUUGAGAAAUCUCCAAUUGCAAAGCUAACCACGCUUUACAUGUUGGCGAAAGAUGAUAGAGACUAUAUGAUUAAAAUAGAUGAAAAACGAAAAUGCAAGAGGGUUGAACCUCUUACACUGAAACAACAACAAAAUCAGACGAUUGGAAUUUUGAAAAAACAAGCAAUGGAAGAAUGGCAAGAAAUGUAUUGGAACAGCAGUAAGGAUCUGUGGUAUCAUAAUAUCACAGUGGAGUCGAAAUGUACUGAUAAUCUUUCCAAAAUGGUUACGGGAGUGAUCAUGAAGAAAGAUAGUCGAAGGAUCUUGAGUAAUAUUACUCAAUUUCGCACAGGCCAUGGCAACUUUGGCGCAUGGUUUUAA